AUGCCGCCGUCCAUAACGCCCAACUCGGUAUGCUCCCUGUGCAUCUUCGCACUGAGCCGCCGUCCGGCAUCCCUCGGCCCACCUCGCCCAUGCCUCGGCCAGCGGCUUUUCUCACGCCAGGGUAAGCCGAGGCCGUCGCGUAUGGUGCUGUCUGACCAAGUCCAUCGAACUCCCUCGUCUCGUGAUGACCGUCGCUCGCGACCGGGGUCGGUCGCCGGGCCCUUUGCCGGAAUGAAUAGGAGAGUCGCCAACGUCGAGCCGAGAAGACCUUCGAGAACAGCGGACACGAACGCCAGCCGAUCCACAAGAAGAGACGGGGACUCGGGUCGAACCAACGAUCGGCGGUCGAAGGACGAUCGAAAGGCGCUCAAGAUGCAGCGCGCAUUGGCCACGGUAUCCUACAGCAAGAGAUCAUCCAUCAAGGAUCGCAUGCUGCAAUUCGAGUCCUUUGACCAGUUCGAUCUAUUGCCCAUCGUGAAGACGGCCGUGUCCGAGGAUCUGUUCAAGGGCAUGGUCGACAUCCGCCCAACGCCCGUCCAACGGUUGGCCAUCCCGGCGCUUCUGGGUUCACCAUGGGAAGAAAAACGAAACGCGGAAGUCGAGUCGUUUCUGCUGGCAGCUGAAACGGGUUCGGGCAAGACACUCGCCUAUCUGUUGCCGGCCAUCCAUGCCCUCAAGAAUGCCGAAGCAAAGGACCCUGACAUCUUGGCCUUCAAGGAGAGGCACGAGGCAGAGAAGGAGCGUCAGCAGGCCUCGGGGUUCAAGGGAAGGGCGUUUGAGGAACCGCACCCCACCAUGGCGCGGCCAAAAGUGGUCGUGCUCGUGCCGACGGCCGAGCUGGCCCAGCAGGUGAUGCGGGUGUCCAAGUCGCUGUCGCACGUUGUCAAGUUCAAGACGGAAAUGCUCUCGUCCGAACUGAAAGCCCAGCAAAUCCAGCGAAAUCUCUACGGGCCCAAGGGCCUCGACGUGGUCGUCGCCACGCCGCAUUUGCUCGCGUCCAUUGCCGAGUCGGACCCGAACAUUCUCUCCCGCGUCAGCAACCUCGUCAUCGACGAAGCCGACUCUCUCCUCGACCGCAGCUUCGCACCCGUCACGACGAGCAUCAUCGAGCGAGCGAUGCCGUCGCUGAAGCAGCUCGUAUGCUGCUCCGCCACGAUCCCGCGAAAGCUGAACAACUACCUGGCCACGACCUACCCCAAGAUGGUUCGCAUCACGACGCCCAACCUGCACGCCAUCCCUCGACGGGUGCAGCUCGGCGUCAUCGACGUGUCCCGGGACCCGUACCGCAACAACAAGGAUCUUGCCUGCGCCGAUGCCAUCUACACGAUUGGGCGAGAGAGCUCAGCACAAGAGGGUCUCGUCAAGGGUGAGAUCGACGUGCGGCGUGUCAUGGUCUUCGUCAACGAACGCGAAAAGACGGACGAGGUUGCCGAGUAUCUUCGGUCCAAGGGAAUCGAUGCUCAAGCCUUGCACAGGGAUACUCCGGAGAAGCGCCACGGCGAGAUUCUCGACGUCUUCACCUCGCCCGAGCCGAUGCGGGUACCAACGGCCGAGAACUCGGGACGGAAGCGCUCGCUGCCCAACGUCAAGGCCCUUGUGGUAACGGACCUGGCGUCCAGAGGCAUCGACACGCUGGCCGUCCGCCACGUCAUCCUCUACGACGUUCCUCAUACCACCAUCGACUUCAUCCACCGCCUUGGCCGAGCUGGGCGAAUGGGCCGGCGAGGACGGGGUAUUGUGCUGGUUGGCAACGACGACAGGAAGGAUGUGGUUUCCGAGGUCAAGAGGAGCAUGUUUAUGGGUCAAGCGUUGAUAUGA